AUGAAAGACGCAAGCAAGGGGAAAAAGGGGAUCAACGUCAUAGAAUGCGGAUUUGAAAGGGUCAUGGUACGAAUAUCCACAAAAGAAGGAAGGAAUCUUAAAUUCUUUCCUACGUCAACGAUCGAAGACGAAGAGACGCUGCCGCACAUGCCAAGUAAAAUUAGCGCCGCUCAUGUGAAGCGCUCCAACGACAAUCAUUGGACCAAUGCCGUCAGCGACUGGAGCGACUAUGCGUUGUCAAACGCACCGCAGGAAGUUGCGCCAGCCCGAUGGUCAGACCUCUUCCAGAAGUCCUUCACGGAAAAAUUCUAUGCUCUUCAAGGUCCUCACGGGAAGAGAAUCCACCGGGCAACACUUAUGGGCAUUCCGGGCAGAUGGAAAUAUAGCUGGUGCCCGCUCGAGCAAGUCGACGAUCACAACAGGAGCACAGGUAGAUAA